AUGAGCGAGCCGAGACAGAACGCCCCCCCCACCAACACUUCUAGUCCUCGCCGCCGAAGCUCCGGCUGGAUGCCGGCUUUCGAGUCGCUAACACAGCACAAGGGCAACCAAGAUGCUAUCCGCCGUCAGAGCAUAUCAGAUCAGCAGGCCAAAGGUGGUAUUUUCAGCCAGUUUUUCCAUAACAACUUUGGCCGAAACUCAAAGUAA